GGAGGCAGAAGGUGAAUUUCUGGCAUCAUGGCAUCCACAAAGGUCCUCCUGCUGCAGCUGCUCCUGGUCUCGGUGAUCCCAGUGGUCUCAGCGUCGCAUUACUGGGGAGCGAGCACAACCUUCACCUACAAAGGCAACAACUCGGAUGGAACACACAAGGUGCGCUUUCGUUACAGGGACACCUUUGAUAGCUGUUUCUCCUCCCUCAACUGGCGUUGCACUAGUGGCAACUGUGGCUACAUCUCCGGAAGUAAGACAACAGUGAUUGACAGCAGCAACAAUGGACCACAAUUUGACAGGCUGUUGUGUGAAACUGAAACAGUUGUCACGAGGAACGUCCGGAGUGACAAACCUUUUCAGCUGAGGGCAGACAGCUGUUGUUGGAUUGGAACACGUAAUUGGGUUGUACACUGGGAUGUGCUCACUGGUGUGGAUUUGGGGAAAAGAUCUGACACCGGAGAACCAAACAAAUCACCAGAUGUUACCAUUCUGCCUUUCUUGAGAAUUCCUCAGAACUGCCCUCGAACAUACAAGCUGAUGACCUUCGAUCCUGAUGGUGACGAUGUCAGAUGCAGAUAUGGAAAUCUGAGGAACACAGAGUGCAGCAGGUGCGACCGACCUGCAGGAUUCCACUUAGACGAGGACUCCUGCACAUUGCACUACAUCUCCUCCACUGCCAACCCCAGAGUUUUUGGAUUCGAGAUGAUGGUGGAGGACUACUCAAAGGGACACAUCAAUCUGUUCUACUCCGAUGGAUCCUGGUCCCACAGGCAUCCAUGGCCUAGGAGGAGGAGUAAGAGAGCCGUCAGCUAUCCUACCACAGCUGCAAGGCCCUGGUGGAACACAGCCGGACCCACCACAGCUGCAAGGCCCUGGUGGAACACAGCCGGACCCACCACAGCUGCAAGGCCCUGGUGGAACACAGCCAGACCCACAACCACAUGGCUCUGGUGGAUCCCAACCAGAAGAAGAGCCACAACCACAUGGCCCUGGUGGAUCCCAACCACAACCCCAUGGCCCACGACCACAACCACAACCCCAUGGCCCACGACCACAUGGCCCUGGUGGAUCCCAACUGCAACCCGAUGGCCCACAACUACAACCCCAUGGCCCACAACUACAACCACAUGGCCCACAACCACAUGGCCCACCACCACAACCCCAUGGCCCACAACUACAACCACAUGGCCCUGGUGGAUCCCAACCACAACCAUGACCACAACCCAAAGGCCCAUAACCCCAUACGCUUCAACUCCUCCUCUUAGCCAACUCCCACUACAGUUCUCUUUUCUUGUGGACCCCCCUGCUCCCUCAUGUGUUGAAGGAGUCUACCUGCCCAAGCUUGUGCAUCCAACACCUAUACAUGGAGAAAAGAUCCAUGCAGAGGUCGACUCAUCCAUGGAGAUCAGAGUCAAAGCUCAAGCUUCACUUGCAGUGAUUCAAGGUAUCAUCAUCAGUGGGCCUUCGAACGUCACCAAGCACAAGACCACCCACAACGAGUUCGUCAUCAGAUGGAUGCCUACGGCCGACGACCUGGGGGAGUUCUUUCCAAUCUGCUUUGCUGUUGAAUCAGCAACAGGGCUAGGUGUCACCAGACCUCCAGUCGCCAUACAUUCUCAUUCUCACUCCCAUUUUCACCCAACCCCAACUUCACGGUCUGGCCUCUAUCACUCUGAGAUGAGGUGUGUCGUGGUGGAAGUCAAGAGAAAGAUAGUUCAAUCCCACGUGAUCUGCAAUGAGUCUUCAAUGACAAUCCUGGUGGAGAAAGCUUCCUUCUCUCGACUCAGUGAGGAUCAUCUGCGGCUCAACGACCCCUCCAACACCAUCUGCAACCUGACGUCUAACAGCACCCACAUCAUCGGCGUCGUCCCCCUCAACCAGUGUGGCACUCAGAUCGAGGAGGAUGACGACAACCUCAUCUUCAAGAAUGAAAUCACCACAUAUGAAGACAUGAGGAAUGUGAUCACCAGGAAGCACCUGCUGGAGGUGCGGUUCUACUGCCAGUACCCCAAACAUGGCAAGGUCUCGCAGAGCUUCUCGGUUCACAGGAAGAACGUCACGGUGUGGGAGAAGGGCAUGGGCACAUUCACCUAUGGGUUUGAAUUCUACGAGGACAACAGCUACCGAGCCAUGAUAAAUCCAAACUCGUACCCUCUGGAGGUAGAGAUAGGGACCGAGCUUUACAUGAAGAUAGAGGCCACCUCUUCAAUCAACAAUACUGAGAUGUUUGUAGAGUCCUGCAGGGCUGCACCGUAUGACAACCCCAACUAUCGUAAACCGUACAUCAUCAUCGCAAAUGGGUGUAAAGUGGACCCGACUGUUGACAUCUAUCCUCGUGCACACAAUAAGCAGUUCUUGUUCAGCAUGGAGGCCUUCAAGUUCAUCGGCUUGCAUGACCAGGUGUACAUCAGUUGUUCAGUUAUCAUGUGUGAAGCUGGAAACCCCAACACCAGGUGCUCGCAGGGAUGCAUAAACUCCACAAGCAGCCAUCGUCUCUAUAAGAGAGAAGCCAUGAUCCAGAGUGGAACCCACUUCGUUUCCCAGGGUCCCCUGCGCCUGAAGAGGUCGGCCGAGAACAGCGACACAUCAGCGGUCGCCCUGAACCUGAACCUGGUGUUCAUCGCUGGAUGUGUCCUGGCUGCUGUUGGCAUGAUCUGUGGAGUGAUCAUGUACAAAACCAAGGCGUCCAAGGUCAAGUACCAACCGCUGCCUGCAUCUGAGCCCUCGUAAGACACCAGCGUGUGCAGAGAUCAGAUAUUACAUUAGACUACAUUAACUAUGCUGUCAGAUUUUAGGGUUUCAUGGGUCUAGUUGUGUGCAUUUAAACCUCUUGAGAAAUUUUUACAAUCUGUGUCUGGGCAAGUAAAUUUACAGAUUUUUCUAUGAAACGGCAUCAAAAGGAUGAUCAACUAGUGCUGCAACUGCUGGUGAUUGUUGUAAUUGUGGGUUUUUGAAACUGUUUCUACUAAUUAAUAUUCUACGAUUUAAAUCAAGCAUCCUGAUUGUUUUCCCAGUCAUAAUUAUUCAUGUGUCAGAACUGGCUUCAAAUGAAUGGAAAAACCUUCAGUCAUUGAUGAUAUACUUUUAAAUGAAUCAAUAAAAUAUUCUGUUGCAUCUA